AUGGCGGCGGUGGGCGAUCGGCAGCAGUUCGCGAUCGGCGAGAGGGUGCUGGUGCCGCAUCUGGACAAGCCCUACGAGGCCAAGGUGCUGAAGGCGGAGUUUCGCGAUGAGAGCGGGUGGUACUUCUUCGUGCAUUACACGGGCUGGAACAAGAAAUAUGACGAAUGGGUGGAAGAUUCUGGGCUGCAAAAGAUGUCACAGAGGGAGUCCCCACCCCCAGGGAGGAGGAGCUCUUGGAUGAAAGUGGGCGCGGAUGCUCACGGAAAACUCGCCAAAAAGAGGAAAGCAGAUGAAAUGAUGGGCAACACAUCGACGAUGGUCGAGGUGGAACUGCCGCCAACCUUGAAGAAGCAGCUGGUUGACGAGUAUGAGGUCGUCGUGCAGCAAGGCAGGACUGUGCCGCUUCCACGAUCGCCGCCAGUGAUGGAAUUGCUGAGGCAGUUUGUCCACUAUGGUGGCUCCAACAAGGCCUCACAGCAGGACCUCCAGCAGCUUGCCACGGGAAUCGAGGAGUACUUUGACAAGGCCCUCGGAUCGUACCUUUUGUAUGGCAUGGAACAGGAUGAGUCAGACAAGCUGACAGGGGCGGGCACCUGCGCGUCUGCUGUGUAUGGAGCGGAGCACCUGUUGCGACUACUUGUCAAGUUGCCGAGUCUUCUGCUCCCUACGCCGCUCUCGCCCUCACAAACAGCUGUCCUCAACAACAGGCUGCAUCUUUUGGUGCACUUCCUUAAUGUGCGGCGGAACGACCUGUUUGCCAGAUUUUCGGAGUAUCGCAGCAAGCAGCCAAGCCCACCUUCGCAGCAGGCCAGUGGCGUUCAGGGGGGUGUGGAGUCAGGACACUCUGGGGAUGUAGCUGUUGGGGUCUAG